AUGUCGUUUGGGUUUUCAAUUGGGGAUAUUAUACUCCUCAGUCAACUAGCGUAUGGUCUCUACUCAAGCAUCAGUUCUGGAAGGAAGGCAGCCUCGCGCGAUCUCAAAGAACUCGAGGACGUACUUUUCAGCCUAAAAUGCGCCUUGGACCAUCUGGGAGAAGCUUCCAAGGAUCUGCUUGCACGACCAGAUCGGUAUGGAGGAGCAAAAUUCAAAGAGAAGCUGGAUGCGAUGAUAAACGCCUGCGCGUCUACUCUACAAGAACUAGAAACCACGACGGAGAAGUACCGUUCGGUUGAGAGUGCAGCUGUAGAGAACGCAGCGGCCAACAAGGGCAAAGCAAAGUUGCGCACGCUAGACGACAUGAAGAAAAGCAUCCAAGUCAACUGGCAUAGGGUGCGGUGGGACUAUGAAAAACAGUCGCUGCAGCAAUAUCGCGAGAAGCUGAAGUCGCAUACUGAUGCGAUCAAUCUCAUACUGACUUCUAUGAUCUGGGCAAACUCUACCCUCGCAGACGAAAAAAGCACACAGAGCCAUGAGAAAACGCAUGGGUUGUUAGAGCAAGUGCUGAAAAAGUCAGAAACAGAUGAUUCAGUCCGAAGCAUAGUUGAGGAUAUCCGCAACAUGCUCACACAGGCCCAUCUGGGUGCGAAGAAGGCCCCUGAAACCCCACCAGACCCAGUGGUACUACCAAGUAACUCUGCGUUUAUCACUGCAUAUUCACAUGGUCCACCACCCAUUAGAAAAGGCAAUGGCUUUGCCGCGAGUUAUGCGCUACAUUCUGCUUCAGCAGACAUGAAUCUGAACCCAGUCUUGCCAAUCAGACCACCUGGUGGGCAUGUGAAGAGAGUGAUAUUGUCAGCUGGAGCUGCGGAGACGCCAUUCCAGAACCACCAACAUACACUGGAGGUUCAAAACGAGCUAUCGAGUGCUGUAGGCCAGAUAGUCUUACCUCCAGAGAUCGUUGAUCUCAAUGCCAGGCGCCGUGCUUUUGGUGAAGAGGAGUAUGAGACUUUCAGGCAGUAUCACUCUACAGAGGAAAAAGUCCAGAAGCCAUCUUUCUUGACCCCUGCCACUCCGACUAUCCGAGAUCUCUAUAAUGGCAUACUUUACCUCUUCGGAGCCCUAUCAGAGGGCAAGCAGCAGACAAGCGAGCUAAAGUUUGAAACUGAACGCUGGAUACAGGGGCUGUCUCUUCUAAUCAAGAAUACCACACCUGAUGCAGAGUCUGAUGAAGGAUUUCUUCAUUUGCUACAGAUGCUAAACAGAACUGUCGAGGGCAGUUCCAAAUCAGUGCGACAGCUCUUCUACGAGGUCUCAGACCCCGCGGGUUUGCUGUCUGCUUUGGAUCAGGUAUCGGCGACAUCGAAGAGUGUCAGAGUGAUGAAGGAGAUUGAGGAUUUUCAAGAUGCCAAAGAAGAGUGGGAAGGCGAUAACGGUGGUAAUUGACUGUAGAUGGUCUAACGGGUAGCCGUGAACGGGCAAUUUUGCAGGUGUAAGGGCUAUCCUGGCACUCAUCCGUCAGCCAGUAUGCGAACCAGCUUUGCAUUGCCAUGGCCAUGCUUGCCCCCUU